UCAGUAGGAUAUUUACUGGUUUCAGUAGGAUAUUAACUGGUUUCAGUAGGGUUUUCACUGGUUUCAGUAGGAUAUUAACUGGUUUCAGUAGGUUGUUCACUGAUUUCAGUAGGUUGUUCACUGGUUCCUGUGGGUUAUUCACUGGUUUCAGUGGGUUAUUCACUGGUUUCAGUAGGUUAUUCACUGGUUUCAGUAGGUUAUUCACUGGUUCCCGUGGGUUGAGUAAGCUGUUCACUGUUCAUAUUUACUGGUUUCUGUGUUUCCAGUUGAGAUGGGCUGUCUGGGAGGGAAGACGGAGGAAGAACGACUGGAUGAAAAAGUGAAGAGAGAAGCCAACAAGAAGAUCGAGAGACAGCUGCAGAAAGAGAGACAGGCAUAUAAAGCAACACACAGACUGUUACUGCUGG